UAAUAUAAUUUUAAUUAAUUAUAAGAUUAGAAUAUUAUAUUUUCACGCAUGUCUAUAUGAAUUUACACACAUUAACGAUAUCGAUAAGACUUUGUUAAGAACGGAUUGGUCGUCGAUAGAAUCAUCACCCGAUCGACAAUUUUUUUUAUUUCAAUAUCGAACGUUGUAAUUACUUCCAAUCGCGCCAAACUUCCUUCUUUAUGUUUGUCAGUUGCCUUUUGUACGAGACUUUAUAAUAAUUAUCCAAUAAGGUUGGAACUCGAUUUUUAAAUUGAAAGUAUUUUCAACAGCUGUUUCAACAAAAUAUUUCGAUAACGAUCGCCAAAAAAGGUAGAAUAUAUAAAACAAUGAUGAAGAAUAGAUAUAUUGGUAGAACUAGAAUUUUAUCAGAUGCUUGUAUGCUCUAUGCAGAUGAUCGUAGCCGGUCAUGUAUGGGCAAAAUUGUUAAUGCGUAUACCUGUGCAGACGUCGUUAGUUUCGAAAUUGAACAUACGAUGGUACGAACGUGGUGGCCAACAAAUUCUGACGCAGACUAGUAUCUUCGUUCAAGAAGGACCGGAGAUUCAAGAAGUGCCUUUGAUCGUUAGAAAAAUCAGCGACGUGGAAGCAUUAUUCGAGAGUAAAGAUAAAAAAUCUAAUCAUCCCGAUGAAACUAGCCGCAAGGCUUUCGAUACGACUAAAAAGAGUGAUCAGCUUAGGUUACGCGAGAAGAACAGUGCAUCAAAUUUUCCACACAACGCCAAAGUAAAGAAUAAAUCAUUGAAUCGUAGAAUAGAUAUUGAAACGGACGAUGGGACCGCGAUACUAUUUUGUCCAGAUCUCGAAUGUUUGAAAGACACGGACAUACAAGAGGCUUUACAAGAAUUGCAAGCAUUCAAGACAGCCGAUGGUGUUUAUUCUCUUUUGGAGAACAAAGUAACGCAUGAGAUUAAUUGCAGGAUAGCUUUGGAAGGGCUAAAGAAAGUUAUAGAACUGGAAAAUAAUUGGUCCAAGCAGAAGAGAAACAAGCAAUUUGAAGUGGACAAUACCGCGAGGGAUGUUAUGAUGAAACAAUUGAUUAAAUUGAUCGUCAAUAGCCAGGACAGCGAAAUGAUACUUCAAGGAUUGAUCGCGUUGAAGAAAGAUAAAGUCAGUCCACCGAAAAACGAGUACAGGGAUUGGCUAUGCGACCAAGCAUUGAUCCGUGCCACAGACGGAGAGUUUACACCUGUACAAUUAGUAAACGUGAUUAAGAUUUUGUCGACAUACAAGGACUCGAAAUACCGUAAAUCUAUAGACGCUUUAUGGGUCGGUAUUUUACUUAGGGAGCAAGAGAUCAACUCGUACACGCUGGUGGCAUUAUUCAAAAUGUUGAAGUAUUUCAAUCAAAGUAAAAAUAUGGUGAAAUUUAUACUGGAAAGGAAAUUUUCUGAUCACUGGUUGAAAUUGACUGGCACGCAAAUAGCCGAGAUAUUAGACUGUUUUUACAAUAACGCUUCUGCUAGUACAUGCUUACUGAACGCCAGUAAAUGGGCAAGCAUAAGCAUGAAUACGUCUAGAGAGAAGGAUUUGAUAAAUUUUAUACAGAGUUUAAUUGCGAAGGAGUAUAUAGAUGAUAGAAUAGAGAGCACCUUGCAGAAAUAUCUCAAGAACAAAGUAUUGCAAGUCGAAGAUUCAAAUUUGAUAGCGACGAUCAUGAAUUACUGUAAAACGUUGAGAAUUAGAAACGAAAGUAUUUUAGCCGAAUGCGGAGAAUAUUUUAUAAAACAUGGUACGAAUGUACCGACGUCUUUGUUGCCGUCCAUUUUGACAACAUUUGGAAUGUUACAUGUACAACCACCGAAUCCUGUUCAGUUUUGGGAGACGUUUGAUGCGGUGUUGUCAGUGAAGUUUCAUGAUUUAAAGCUGGACGAUGCCUUGGAUAUUCUUCUUUCUUGCGUCUAUCUUGAAAGAUGUCCUGUGAAAUUUCUUGACAAAAUUUUUAUCUCUCAGCUACUCCAUAAGCUUCACUUAAGAAGCCAUUCGAUCUUUUUCGACCGUAUAAAAAGCAAACUACAGCUUUUGGACACUAGCAUGUCUUUGGAGUGUAUGGAUUAUCGGCAUUUGCACGUUCCCGUGGGGAGAUCAGACAAACCAUUAUUUUUGGACAGUCGAAUCAGAAGAACAGUCAACAUGGUCUAUCAGCCAUUAGCGUCUUUGGUAGGCGGUGAACAAAGGUUGAGUAAAAAUGUUAUUUUGAAUCGACUGCCAACCAUAAGCUUCUACAUUCUCGACAUUCUGAUACAUCCGUUUGUGGAGUCCACGUCUGUUCUCCAGCUAAGCGGGCAAGAAAAAAACAUUAACACCGCAGUUCUGAUUUAUUUGCCAGAAUACUAUUGCAGAAACACGAAUCACUUGAUAGGAUCUCAAAUAAUGAGAAAAAGGCAUAUCAGGAAGUUAGGAUUUCGUGUAAUGGUAUUGGAUUACUCCGUACUGCAGGAAGUUUGUAGCGAAUCGGAUAAAUUAUCAUCCUAUUUGUCGAAAAGCUUAAAUUCCGUGGAAGACUCAUUAUAGUGUGUACGUGUCAAUUUACUCGUAUACGCUAUUCGUCAUACAACAGUCUAUCGAUGAACAUUUGUCAUGCAUUGUACGAAAUAAAAUCUUGUAAAUAAUAGCGA